UAAGGCCCUCUUUAGAGAUACCGAUAGCUAUGGUUACUCUAUAGUCUUUGGUCUCUGUUUAUUUACUGACAACUGAAUCAGUGCCAAAAUUUUUGAGAACGUUUAUAUUACUAUUACGUUUUUUUUUUUCUGCUACAGGUUAGUUCAAUGUUUUCUGAUCGCCGCGUGAAUAAAUUACCUUUAAUCAAAUCGGCUUGUUCAAAGGACGGAAGACAAAGACAUGAUUGUAAUUCACACCAAAUGCACAUGAUGUCGGGAAGUCCCGUUGUGUUGGAACUGUUGGAAGCAAAGGCAUUCGAAUCACAAUUAUUAACUGCAAUUCUGCAGUCUCAGCAAUAAUCAAAAUCCUUCUGAUACAAAUCUAAUCAGAUUAAAAUUAGAUAUUGUUAGUGGGAUCCGCUCACACACAUUAGGUUAACGUCUCUCGAAGAACAAAUCCUUUUCAGUCCAAUAUUAACGAACUAUAAAAAAUAUAUUCUUCUUCGCUAAAUAUAAUGUCGAAAUCGAUCCGAUACGCCAACAGAAUAACAAAGUUUCAAAUAGUCGUUUUAUUGUAUGCGUCCACCGUCACAACCGCUUUACUUUUAUGCACCUAUAUUUAUUCUCCGUAUAUUAUACGGACUCGAGAAAAAACCAAAUAUAUCCUACUAUGGACUGAAGCAAGCUCGUUUCCUUUAAACUUCUUACGACACGGAUUUGAUGCGUUCACGUCCAACGAUUGUCAAUACACGAACUGCUACGUUUCUCAUAAUGUCAGCGAUCUUAAAGCCUUGGCUCAUUUUGAUGCAAUUAUUUUCAACGGAAAGGACCUACCUGCUAUGAAACCUAUAUCAUACCAUUGGCCUCCGUAUAGAUCACCUAGUCAAAAAUACGUUUAUGCCAAUGUUGAGUCACCCCAGAACUAUCCUAUUUGUGACAGUCAUUUCAAUGAUUUCUUUAAUUGGACGUGGACUUAUAGGCUAGAUUCUGAUUUGCGUUGGGGCUACUUCAGAGUUUACGAUUUGGCAGGAAAAGUCGUUGGGCCUAGAAAAGACAUGCAUUGGCAAGAAUUAGAUCCCGUAGACGACCAGACCAAGACUCGUUUUUCUUCGAAGAGUAUCGCGGCAGCCUGGUUCGUUUCUUAUUGUAAAUCUAGGAGUAGGAGAGAAAAAUUCGUUGAAGAUUUAGAACAAGAACUAGAUCGGUAUGGUCUAUCUUUUCACAUCUACGGGCUUUGUGGUAUACGCAAAUGUCCGCGGGGAAAUCCAGCGUGUGGCAAAGUUUUGGAGAAGAAAUACUACUUCUACUUCGCAUUUGAGAACUCGAUAAGUGAAGAAUACGUGACAGAAAAGGUGCUGACGGCUCUGAACCAUUACACGGUGCCUAUUGUGUUCGGGGGUGCCAAUUAUUCCAGGUUCCUGCCUCCGGGCAGUUUCUUGGACGCCCGCGAGUUGGGCGCCAAACGUCUGGCGGCGCGCAUGGCUGCUAUCAUUGAUGACCACAAAACAGGCAACGGCAGCCUGUAUUACGACUUCUUUAGAUGGCGAAACCACUACAAAUUCAAAGCAACACUUGAAACAGAAGAUGUGUGCAGCAUGUGCAAACUCCUAAACGACCCAGCAGCCAUGUUAGAAAACACUGUUUACAGCAAUCUUCCAGAAUGGUGGAUCGGCAAAGGAAUGACGUGUACAAAGCUCUGUUAAAAGCCGCUUACAUACAA